AUGGUUUUAGUUGAUUAUGAAAGAAGUAGAGUAAUGAAAGGAUGGAUACCUAGACGUUUAGGUGGCGGAUUCGGCGGUAGAAAAGAAUCUGGCCAACUUAGAUUUGGAGCAAUUGACAGACCGUUUAAAAGGCCAUUGCAUGUUGUAGGAAAUCAAAAUAUGCCUGAAAUCCUUCCUGAUCAGAAACAUGAAGACUGUUGGCGCAGACAAGAUAAACAGAGAUCUAAAAAUGAUCAUUAUAGAAAUGAUAGAAAAAAACCAGAUGAUAGGCAUUCAUAUAGCCAUGAUAGGAAUGAUGUUGGUGAUGGAAAUAGUAGUAGUAGAUAUAAUUCAUCAGAUUCAAAUUUGCAAAGAUGA